AGCCGGGCAGACCUGGCUGGCGAGGGAGUGCUGGAGCACUGUGCAGCGCGAGGGCCCAGAGGCACACUGCCAGGGAGAGCCCGAGAUCCUGACACGAUGAGGAAGCAUCUGGGCGGAUGGCGGCCGGCCAUUGUCUUUAUCCUGCUCUUCAGCCACCUCGCCGUGGUCAAGGCCAGGGGCAUCAAGCACAGAAUCAAGUGGAACCGGAAGCCCCUGCCGAGCACGGUGCACAUCACCGAGGCCCUGGUGGCGGAGAACCGCCCGGGAGCCUUCAUCAAGCAGGGCCGGAAGCUGGACGUCGACUUCGGGGAGGAGGGCAACAGGUACUACGAGGCCAACUACUGGCAGUUCCCCGACGGCAUCCACUACGACGGCUGCUCUGACGCCAACGUGACCAAGGAGGUGUUCGUGGCCAGCUGCAUCAAUGCCACCGUGGCGGCCAACCAGGCCGAGUUCGCGCGGGAGAAGCAGGACAAGCUGCACGAGCGCAUCCUCUGGCGGCUGACGCGGGAGCUCUGCUCCGUCAAGCGCUGCGAGUUCUGGCUGGAGCGCGGGGCGGGACUGCGGGUCGCCGAGGACCGGCCGGCGGUGCUCUGCCUGCUGCUGCUGCUUUGGCUCUUGCUGCGAUAAGCCCGCUCCCCGGCCCAGCCCCGCAAGUGCGCUGAAGGUACCAGGGACCGUGAUCCUGCCCGCUUCCAAUGUCGCUCCCAAGUGUGUUUGCAUUCGGCAAGUGUGAGUGUGUGUGUCCAUCCCCUGCAGGCGCCACCGGCUUCUUCAUCGCUGCGUUCUCAGCUCCCAGUGGAGGGCCUGGCGCACCAUACUAGGUAACAAAUGUUUGAUGAAUCCAUAAAUGAACGCAUCAGGAACUGUGCCAAGCACUUCAUCAUACUUCCCAACAACUCUUAGAGGUGGGUGUUAUUCCCGUUUUACAGAUGAGGAAACUGAGGCUCAGAGAGGUGAAGCAGCUCACCCAGAGUCACGCAGCUAGAAAGUGGCAGAGCUGGGAUUCAAGCCCGGCUUGUCCAACCGCAGGUUUUCUGUUCUGUCCGAUCCCAGAGCUGUCUCACUAUCACUUUAUGGCUCUAAAGGACAUAAAUCCAAACAUAUCUCUAAGGAAACUGUAGAAGCUCCACUUUUAAAAGCAAAUGGAAAGACCUGAGCCUACGGCUGUGUGCUUUGAUACCUUGUUACAGAGGUUAUUUUAAUCAUUCUAAUUAAACUAAAAUACAAUAAAGAAAUUAAACGAACAUAGAAAUAAAGCUAGACAAAGCCCAGAAAUCACAUUGUAAGGAAAUAGUGCCGAGAUGAUCCCCAGAACAGACCUACUAUACAGCAGGUUGUGUCUGUGGCAUGAAGAUUUUCUUUUUUUCUUUUAUUUUUUUUUUUACAGAAAGUGUAAGUGUUUGCUGUUCCCAUUCCUGAAAUAUUCCAUGUAUUUAAGAAAAAAAGUUUUAAUGACACAUUUGCUUCUAAUGUCCCCCUAUCCUAUGUACACAUUUUAUAUAUACCCAUAAAAACUUCUAUUAAUAUGCACCCUUUAUAUAGGUGCUCUGCACAAUCUCAAUCAGCCCUUUUAACAUCACUUCUGUAAACCAUGCAUCACUACAAAAAUGUAAGGUUAAAAAGAAAGUGUGUCUUUAGGGAAACCCAACAAACAAUUCAUUCAUGCCAUAAGCAAGACUUUUGACACCACCUUAUUCAUUAAAAAUAUGUAUAACAAAAUCUGAAUAUAAUUUAAAAUCAAAAUAAUAAAUCUAACGCCCUCAGAGAGUACUCUCAGAGA